CAUCCAAUUCAUGCCUCUAUUGUACAUUGCAUCUAUCACCGACAGCAGGAUCAAACGCGAUUAUGACCUGCUAGGGCUUGAUAUGCAGGACACACUCGUAAUAUACAAAUUCGAUCAACGCUUCAUGUUGACCUGGCACAUGCAAGGAGGCCAACGAUGCAUACUUUCUGCCGUUCAAGGCGCGACUGCUGACAAUUCUCUGCUAUCUAAACACAAAGGAUCGAAAAUGAUCCGCAUGGAUAAGUAUAUGAACUAUUUUUUCAGGCAAGUCUUUAAUCCGCAGCAAAGAUUUGAGCAUCAUCCAACCCUUGGCCCUCCGCCUUGAAGCACCAUAGGAGCUGUCCCUUCUCCUCACCAUAUGCUUUCCUAUAACGCAUAUCAUCAUUUAUGGCCAUGAUCAACACCCAUCAAUUCCAGGUAUUAAGUUGCCUUGGACAAUCAAGUGCAAGUUUCAAUGGUCAGCUUGACCAAUCAAUUACUGGUAUUUCUCGCUUCGCGCUCAAUGGCCUUCCUAUCUUUGCACGGUCUACACCAUCACAACAUCUUCUCAAAGGGAUAUCCGUGCAUAGGAGUACAGUAGGUGGUCAUUUGGCUGACAAGGUCUACCAAUAAUAGUGACCAGUAAGCUUUUCAAUGAUAUACAUGGGCUUUAGCACCACUUCCCUGCCUGAUAUGACGAAUUGUUUCUAGCCAUGCAGCGAAACAAAUGCUCAACAGCCUGAACCCCACACCAUAUCUCAGCGUGACUUAUACCAUCACCGUCAAAAUCUUUGAGCUUGUGUGCAGUGGUAGGGGAUAUGCUUGUGCAAAGAGACGAAGUGAGGAUCAGUACCAGUCAUAUACAUUUCAAGCCUGUCUUGCCAUUCGGAUUUCCAGCC